AUGGCGUCUCUUGACCAGCAGAAUCUAUCAAUCUUUACACCCCAAGAAACUCGCCCUGAUGAAAUCCCGGACCGACCCCACGCCCCCUCCGCGCCCGUGAGCCCCGACGUAACCACGGGACGCCCGCUCCCCCCGACGCCGAGCUUCUCCCACCCGCCCCACAACCUGACGGUGGGGGAGGGGGACGAGGCCACCCUCCUCUGUGGGGUGUCGGCGCUGCAGGGCCACAAGAUGGCGUGGGUACAUGAAGACUCGCAAAGUAUCCUGACGGUGGGGAGCCUCGUGUACACGCAGAGCCCGCGCCUCUCGCUGGUCACGGACCUGGAGCGGUCCGCCCUCACCCUGGACCCCGUGACGGCUGCUGACCGCGGCUGGUACAUGUGUCAGGUCAACACCGACCCUAUGAUCUCUGCCAGGGCCUUCCUGCAGGUCCUCGUGCAGCCAACGAUCGUGAACUGGUCGGGGCCUGCGGUCGACGCACGGGAAGGGACGGCCGUGAACUUGACGUGCGAGGUGAGGUCCCAUCCUCCGGCCACCGUCACGUGGACGCGUCCCGACCUCCUGCCCAUCGUCCCCGCGUCCCUGGGUGGACCAGUUUGGUCAGUGGAAGGCGCCCAGUUGGAGCUGCCCUCCGUAGGGCGCGAGCAGGCAGGGCCUUACCGCUGCUCCAUCGACAACGGCAUCACACAGCCUGUCGAACGCACCACCAAUCUUAGCGUUAAUUACUCGCCGAUGCUGUGGCUGGAGCGCGAGAUGGUGGGCGGCGCAGCGGGCGACGACGCGACGCUCGAGUGCACAGUCGAGGCGCACCCGCUCCCUGACGUGGUCUGGAAGAGCGGCAGUCACUCCCUCCCCCAUGAUGGAGCCAAGUAUUUAAUCAGGAACGUGACAGUGACGACGGGGAAGCAAUACAGCCAUCGGCAGCGUCUGACACUUACAAUAUUGAGGCUGGCCCCGCUAGAUUUCGGCCUCUACAGCUGCAUAGCGGAGAACAGCCUCGGUAGAGCCGAAGCCACCAUUGCACUCUACGAGAUGCGGGAACAAAUUAUCAAAGGAGCUCCUCAUCUACAAGACAGGAAAAGUAGCAACCCUGAUUUAGCAAGGCCAAGAACGACUCCAGCACCCUCUGUAAGCGGCACAACGCGCAGCCUUAACAAGCACAGUUGGUUCGACUCAACCGACAUCAUUCAAAGGCCUCCAAAGGGAAGCUCUGUCGAUGGCUCAGCUGACAUUGCCACGGCUUUGUUCGACGUCUGGCUCGAGCAGGAUCUGUCGGGCUCGAAGCAUCAGCAGACCGGCUGGUGUCUUACUAUCAUCUUGUCACUAGCACUGCAGAUCGUAUUAGCCGGACGUUUCGAAUACUACCUCACAUAGAUAACGUGUCUUGUACUUUAUUUUAUACCUCUUAUUGAUUUUUUAUUUGCGAUCCCUGACAAUCCACG